CCAGGACCAGUGUGAAGCCCUGUCCAUCUAAACUGUUCCAGGACCAGUGUGGAGCCCUGUCCAUCUAAACUGUUCCAGGACCAGUGUGGAGCCCUGUCCAUCUAAACUGUUCCAGGACCAGUGUGGAGCCCUGUCCAUCUAAACUGUUCCAGGACCAGUGUGGAGCCCUGUCCAUCUAAACUGUUCCAGGACCAGUGUGGAGCCCUGUCCAUCUAAACUGUUCCAGGACCAGUGUGGAGCCCUGUCCAUCUAAACUGUUCCAGGACCAGUGUGGAGCCCUGUCCAUCGAAACUGUUCCAGGACCAGUGUGGAGCCCUGUCCAUCUAAACUGUUCCAGGACCAGUGUGGAGCCCUGUCCAUUGAUUAUUGGCAUUUCUGGGAUACUUCGUAGCUGUAUUAAUCAGUGAGACCGCCUGUGUGGCCAAGUCUCUAAGGACAGUGACUGUGUAGAGCUAUGAGGCGGACUCAGGGAUGUCUGGGAGCUGUGAGCCUGUGAGAUUGAGGUGUCUGAGGCUGAUCAACUCUUCAAUAUAAAUGGAGGAGUGAUGAUGUAAUCGAGAAAAGCUCUCUUUUGUUCCGCUCCUGCAAUGGUGUGAAAGAGACCGCCCUUCCCCCUCCCCACACACACACACACACACACACACACACACACACACACACACACACACACACACACACACACACACACACACACACACACACACACACACACACACACACACACACACACACACACACGUACACGUACACACACACACACACACACACACACACACACACACACACACAUGAACACACGUACACACAAACAGAGGCACAAGAAAGAUAGUGGGGGUUUAGGUUUUUAGUCCUUCAGGGCCAGAGAGAGGCUUCUCUCGCUCUGUCUCUCUGUCUCUCUGUCUCUCUCUCUCUCUCUCUCUCUCUCUCUCUCUCUCUCUCUCUCUCUCUCUCUCUCUCUCUCUCUCUCUCUCUCUCUCUCUCUCUCUCUCUCUCGCCUGGGCUGUGCUGCUAAGCUCCAUCAGGAUGACAUCAUACUCAGCCUACACAAUGGGUCUGUUCAUCUCCUGAGGGCUGCGUCGCGUAACUGGACUGCUAGCCACCCACCCGCCUAAGGGGAAGAGGAGGAGGGAGGAAGAGGAGGAGGGGCUGUGAGAAAGGGAUAAAGAAGGGGUCGUCAUGUCGGAACGUCCCGUAGGAGUGGGAGCUUGCACUGGAGCUGAGACUGGGGGGUUUGGGAUUGGACCUGGGGUGGGGAACGGACCCCGAGCUGGGACUGGAGGGACUGGGAUUGGAUCUGGGGUGGGGAAUGGACCCCGAGCUGGGACUGGAGGGACUGGGAUUGGACCUGGUGUGGGGAAUGGACCCCGAGCUGGGACUGGAGGGACUGGGAUUGGACCUGUGGUGGGGAAUGGACCCCGAGCUGGGACUGGAGGGACUGGGAUUGGACCUGGGGUGGGGAAUGGACCCCGAGCUGGUACUGGAGGGACUGGGAUUGGACCUGGGGUGGGGAAUGGACCCCGAGCUGGGAUUGGAGUCAAAGGUUCAGGGCCUGUAUCAGGCCCGGCAUCCGGGACCAGGCAGGGCUCGGUGCGUCCCAUCGGGGCCGAGGGGCUGGUCGCCCUGCUGGAGGGGGGUCUGGACAGCGUGUUGUUGAUUGACAGCCGGCCCUUCGUAGAAUUUAACUCCUCCCACAUCCUGGAGGCGGUCAAUGUGAACUGUUCAAAACUGAUGAAGAGACGGCUGCAACAGGACAAGGUUCAGAUCAACGAACUGCUGCAACACUCUGCUAAGAAGAAGUUGGAGCGAGUGGGCGGUCAGGAAGUGGUGGUGUAUGACCAGAGUUCAUCUGACCCCUUGACUCUUCCCUCGGAGGCCUUCCUUACCGUCCUAUUGGACAAGCUGGAGAGGAGCUUCCCUUCCGUACACCUGCUCUCAGGUGGUUUCUCAUCGUUUUCCCAGCUGUUUCCAGGUCUAUGUGAAGGUAAGGUUCUUCUGGCCACGUCCUGCCUGGUCCCCACCUGCCUCUCUCAGCCCUGCCUGCCCCUCAACACCUCUGGGCCAACACGCAUCCUGCCUCACCUCUACCUGGGCUGUCAGAGAGACGUACUCAACAAGGAAGUGAUGCAGCAGAAUGAGAUAACGUACGUCCUGAAUGCCAGUAACACAUGUCCCAAACCAGACUACAUCCCCGAGUCUCACUUCCUGCGAGUUCCUGUCAACGACAGCUUCUGCGAGAAGAUCCUCCCCUGGUUGGACAGAUCUGUAGAGUUCAUAGAGAAGGCCAAAGCCUCCAACGCCUGUGUGCUGGUCCACUGUCUGGCUGGCAUCUCCCGCUCGGCAACCAUCGCUAUCGCUUACAUCAUGACGAGGAUGGACAUGUCACUAGACGAAGCUUACAGGUUCGUGAAGGAGAAGAGACCCACCAUCUCUCCUAACUUCAACUUCCUGGGUCAGCUGCUGGACUUUGAGAAGAAGAUCACGACUCCUGGAAGGUCGGAGAUCAGAGAAACCACCGGGGUCAAACCCUCUCCUCUCCUCCACCCCCCACUAGAGCAGGAUCCCCCUAACCCUACCUCCAGCCUCCCAGACCCUGCCUUGGCCAUGCUGGAGCCCCUGACCCUGCCGUGUGUCCUGGCCCCCUGGCCUCCAGAGGAGAGGCUCCUGGCCCAGGCUCUCCAGGGGCUCCAAGGCCUUCAGCUGGACCAGGGGACGGAGGACAGCGCUGCCCGGCUGAAAAGGUCUUUCUCUCUGGACAUCAAGUCGUACAGGGAGCCAGGAGGCUGCAGCAGCGCCCCCAUGAGGCCGUACCCCCACCCUACAUCCCACCCCGGAGCCCAGGAGUAUUAUAACCCAUCCGUGAGCUUCAAGGAGCCUGCAGGGAAACCGUAUCAGUUCUCUCCUGUGAAGGAGAUGUCAGAGCAGUCUACACCUGAGCCGAGCCCUGACAAGGAGCAGGACGACGGUCCCGCAGACCCUGCUGCUACGUCUGCAGCUCCCACUGCUGCUCCUGUCGUCUCCACCACAACCAGCACCACUACCACCUCCAACCAGCCCAGCAUGAAGCAGCCCAGCCAGGCUAAGCCUCCUCCACCUCCCCUCUCCUGUUCCCAGCAGCUCCACCGUAGUGGCAGUAUGGAGGAGAGCUCUAACAACACCCCUCACACCACCGGCUUCCUGUUUGGCCUAUCGCGUUCCCAGCAGCACCUGUCCAAGCCCGCCCCUAAACUAGGCUCCGCCCUGAAGGGCUGGCACUCUGACAUCCUAUUGGGUCCCGUCACCGUGUCGUCGGGGGGAUGGUACCUCUCCGAGUCACACCACUUCUACUCCACCUCCGCCAUCUUGGGAGGCGGGGCUAACAUUCUGGGGGGUGGCAGCGUGGCGGCAUACAGCGUGAGUCAGGGGUUGGAGGAGGUGCGGCGGCGCGGGCGACAGAGGAGCGGCGACCACGGGGACUCACGGAGGAGCUGGCACGAGGAGAGCACCUUGGAGAAGCAGCUGAAGAGACGGAGCUGUCAGAUGGAACUCGGAGACAGGAUGAGAGGAGGAGGCGAGACUAGAUCCAGGGAGGAGAUGGGGAGUCACAGCAGCUUCUCAGGAAGCAUGGAGGUCAUAGAGGUGUCCUGAGAGGGACAUUCAAUAUGGCCUCCAGGCCACCCCUUACGGAAUCAUUGAUUUGAAUGGAGACGUCCGUUCUAGGGAGUAUAACCUCCUCAGAUCAGACCCAUGUUGAGGGGAAAGACUUGUUAUGGACCCAUCUUAUUGUCCCACUAGGGACUUGAACCUUGAACUGAUCUAAGCGGCUCUAUGUGUACUUGUGUCGCGACAGUUGGCAUUAAUGUAGUUGAACUUUGACCUGGAAGCAGAAAGCAACUGUGUGACGAUGAUGAAUGUGAUGAAGAGGUGAACUCUGAGAGGACUGUCUUUGGUUUGGAUGAGUGUUCAUCGUUUUCAUUUAUUUCUGAAUGUUGAUGAUCGUCGUCAAGGAGCAGUAGAUGUCUGUCUGACGUUGGAUUCAUGGAGCUUUAAUGAACCUUUAUAAAGUCUUUAUGAAGCCUUAUGAAGUCUUUAUGAAGCCUUAUGAAGUCUUUAUGAAGUCUUUAUGAAGCCUUAUGAAGUCUUUAUGAAGUCUUUAUGAAGCCUUAUGAAGUCUUUAUGAAGUCUUUAUGAAGCCUUAUGAAGUCUUUAUGAAGCCUUAUGAAGUCUUUAUGAAGCCUUAAGAAGUCUUUAUGAAGCCUUAUGAAGUCUUUAUGAAGCCUUAAGAAGUCUUUAUGAAGCCUAAUGAAGUCUUUAUGAAGCCUUAUGAAGUCUUUAUGAAGCCUUAUGAAGCCUUGUGAAGUCUUUAUGAAGCCUU